CGGAGGGCCGGGGCAGGCAAGAUGGCGGCGGCGGAGCGGAGCCGCUCCCCGCUGGGGGGCUCCCCGGUGCCGGCCUGCAUGUUCGCCCCGGAGCCCGGCUCCCCGGGCGGGGGGCCCCGCCUGGCGGCCGCCGCGCUGCCCCGCCGCGCCUCCUCCUUCGACGCCGAGGACGGCGAAGGGCUCAACGGCGAGCCCGACGUCGACCUCACCAGUAAGCUGGUGAUGGUGAGUCCAACUUCAGAGCAGUACGACAGUUUGCUCCGGCAGAUGUCGGAGAGGAUCGAUGAGGGGUGUGGGGAGACCAUCUACGUCAUUGGACAGGGAUCAGAUGGGACCGAGUACGGUCUGAGCGAGGCAGACAUGGAAGCGUCCUAUGCCACGUUGAAGAGCAUGGCAGAGCAAAUCGAGGCAGACGUGAUCCUCCUGCGGGAGCACCAGGAGGCGGGGGGCAAGGUGCGGGACUACCUCGUUCGGAAACGCGUGGGUGACAACGACUUCCUGGAGGUCAGGGUAGCAGUGGUUGGCAAUGUGGAUGCAGGGAAGAGCACGUUGCUGGGUGUCUUGACCCACGGUGAACUCGACAACGGCCGAGGCUUCGCUCGGCAAAAGCUCUUCCGCCACAAGCACGAGAUUGAGUCGGGCCGCACCAGCAGCGUGGGCAACGACAUCCUGGGCUUCGACAGCGAGGGCAAUGUGGUGAACAAGCCCGACAGCCACGGCGGCAGCUUGGAGUGGACAAAGAUCUGCGAGAAAUCCACCAAGGUCAUUACUUUCAUUGACCUGGCUGGCCAUGAAAAGUACCUGAAGACCACCGUCUUUGGCAUGACCGGCCAUUUACCCGACUUCUGCAUGCUGAUGGUUGGCAGCAAUGCUGGGAUUGUAGGGAUGACCAAGGAGCACUUGGGCCUGGCCCUAGCACUCAACGUUCCCGUCUUUGUUGUGGUGACCAAGAUCGACAUGUGCCCUGCCAACAUCCUACAAGAAACCCUGAAGCUGUUACAGCGACUGCUGAAGUCCCCAGGGUGCAGGAAGAUUCCCGUGCUGGUUCAGAGCAAGGAUGAUGUCAUUGUAACAGCCUCCAACUUCAGCUCAGAGAGGAUGUGCCCGAUUUUCCAGAUUUCAAACGUCACUGGGGAGAACCUAGAUUUGCUGAAGAUGUUUCUUAAUCUCUUGUCUCCACGGACCAGUUACAGGGAAGAAGAACCAGCAGAAUUCCAGAUAGAUGAUACUUACUCUGUCCCGGGUGUAGGAACGGUUGUGUCUGGGACGACACUGAGAGGCCUAAUCAAGCUGAAUGACACCCUGCUGCUGGGGCCGGAUCCUCUUGGCAACUUCCUACCUAUUGCUGUCAAGUCCAUCCACCGCAAGAGAAUGCCUGUCAAAGAAGUGCGGGGAGGCCAGACUGCCUCCUUCGCUUUGAAAAAGAUCAAGCGUUCUUCCAUCCGGAAAGGGAUGGUAAUGGUGUCACCCCGCCUGAAUCCACAGGCGUCGUGGGAGUUUGAAGCAGAGAUUCUGGUGCUCCAUCACCCCACCACCAUCAGCCCGCGGUAUCAGGCCAUGGUGCAUUGUGGCAGCAUCCGUCAGACGGCCACGAUUCUCAGCAUGGACAAGGACUGCCUGCGGACAGGGGACAAAGCCACCGUGCACUUUCGCUUCAUCAAAACCCCGGAGUACUUGCAUAUAGACCAGCGGCUGGUCUUCCGUGAAGGCCGCACCAAAGCUGUGGGUACCAUCACUAAGUUACUCCAGACCACCAAUAACUCGCCGAUGAACUCCAAGCCCCAGCAGAUCAAGAUGCAGUCGACAAAGAAGGGAGCUGUGACAAAACGAGAGGAUGGUGUUCCCCCGGUUGGGAUGGCAGCUGGGGGCCCGCCGGCAGGGGACGAAGCCCCUUCAACGGCUGCAGCACCGCCAACACCUACUGCCCUGCAGCCAUCGUCAAAAGCCGGAGGAGGAGGAGGACGGCGACGUGGAGGUCAGCGCCAUAAAGUGAAGUCUCAGGGAGCCUGUGUGACUCCUGCCAGUGGCUGCUGAAUUUCGUACUCCUCCUGCUUCUGAGGAAUUCCUCCCCUUCCCUUCAGUUCCUAUCCAAAAGAUCCAGAGCAGCUUAAACCAAAAUCCAUCCCAGCUGAUAGGCUGCAGAAGAAUCUUCCCUCCUCCCCAGAGGAAAUGAUGGAGAGGAGCAUAACUUAUAAGCUAAUGAAGGUGAUGAGACACAGAACUGAGUAACUGACACCUUCCUCCUCCCCCUAUCGACACAUUUUUGUACAUCAUGGGCUUAGUUUUUAUUCUUAUUAGUUUUUAUUAUAUUUUGUGUGCAUGAAGAUGAGAGGAGACUCUGGAUAGAAGCAAGAAGAGCCAGUUAGCUGCCUCCCUCCUCCCUCACCCCAUUCUGUCUACAGGACCUGCUGCUCUCUCCCACGUGCUGUCUCAGACCCAGGGGCUGUCAAACACCUGAAAUUUCGGACUUGCAAAGGUUAAAACAACAUUGUUUAGGGUGGCUCCCUAUGGCAUUGUUUCCUCACCACUGUGGCCACGUGCCAGAUAGGUUUCUGGAUUCUCCCCCAUCUAAAACUAUUUGUCAGUGGGUUUAAUUUCACGUUGUAGCGACUUGAAGUUUGAAGGAGAUGAUGGUAAGAAAAUUCAUUAGUUGGAGGUCUAAGGGGGAAGCAAAUUGAAAAUCAGUUCUCGAUCUUAAGUUGAGGAAUCCUAUACUAAAAAUCUCCUUCUCAAAUACGUUAGUAGCAGUUAAGAUUUUAAUUAGAGCCGGCAUUAAUUGGGCAGUCGUUUGCCCAUCCUGUUCCCCUUCCCAUCCUGCGGCUUUUCCUGUUGUCUGUUCCGUGCAUUUUGGAGCAAUUCGUAACUUGCCUCUCGAGGCUGUGGCAGCUCAAUUAGCAGUAUUAAGAACGUUGUGCAGGAACACUCAGUCCGUCCCCUGAGCCAGAGAAAGCCUUCUCACCUCGACGGGCAGAGAUCCCAGGUGGGAACGUACCUUGGGAACAGAGACACCAGGCAAACGAGACCUCCCCUUGAUUUUGUUCACUCCAGGAUUUCCCAAACGUUUUCUAGAAGUCACUGGCCAAAACUUUGCCACGAUGGAGGUGAUUGGGAUUGUCUUCUGCCCUCUUUGGCCAAGAGGGUCAUGAUGAAUUCGCAGCAAACGUACAGAAGUGCUUUCAGGUUUGGAAGCACGUGGUAGUUUUUCUGACUUUAUUUUUGAAGUGGUGAAUUCUGGCUUCAGGAAGGCCCUGCGAGGACGCUAUGAAUUAUCAGUAUCAUGAUUUUUAACCCCGGGUUGUGUGAUUUGAACAAUUCCCUGUUUGUUAUUUCUUUUCCUCUUACCCUGCCUCUCCGCUUGGCUCCCCGGAGGACAGGAGUUAUCCCCCGCAGGCUCGCGGUGAGCGGUGGGAGCGCGUGAGCUUCCUGAGGGCGGAGAUGGUGUUACCAGCACUCCAAAACCAUCGGAGGUGAGGGAUUCGGAUCGGAGCCGAGGGUACUUUGCCUUAGAGACUGUGGUGGCCUGAGCAGAGGUGGCAGCGGGGAGGUCAGACGGUCCUUUCCAAGCUAUGUGCCUAAACACCAGCGCUCUCCCGGAGAGGGGGGAACCAUAGGCGGCUACAACACCAAUAGCACCCGCAUUGUGUGGGUGUGAAGUGUGGCUAAGCAGGGCACACGAGGGCCCGUUGCGUUUCUGUCCCGGCCCUGUGGCAGCAUCAAACUGCAUCUGAUUUCACCGCCCUCCGCUUCCCAGGGGAGCGGGGGGCCCCCGGCGGUUUUCUCUUUCUCCAUUCCUUGUGCUCCAAACGAAGGAGACUGCCGAGACUGGAAGAGGGUUGACUUCAGUUCAGGCGAAGGAGGCGGUGCGAUCUCUCUUUUGUGACCAGCAUUCAAAGAUCACUCGGGCUGGCGUGAUCUAUAAAAUAAAUUUUAAAAAAGGUUUGUUCCACGUUAA